GACAGCUCGGAUGAGGCCAUCACGGUCCUGAUCACUGGCUUCGCACCCUUCAAAAAGGAGUACCCCGUCAACCCCUCCUGGGAAAUUGCCCGCUCCCUGCCCGACUGGCUGCCCCCACUGCGCGCCAAAGCAACCCCGUUUUCCCAACAUGUUUACCCCAAUCCUCUUUUCCCCUCCUCCAUCUCCUUUUCCUCACUCUCUUCUUCAUCCAGGUCCCCCGGCGAUGUCGCCCCACCACCAAUCCCACCGGUCCGCAUCCUAACCCACCCGUCGCCGAUCCGGGUAAACUACAGCACGGUACGCGACCUCGUUCCCCAGCUAUGGGACCUCAAAGGGACGGUACACCCGGGCCGGCCCAGAAUCGACGCCGUCAUCCACAUUGGUAUGGCUGGGCCGAGGUUGUUCUACUCGAUCGAGCGGCGCGGCCACAGGGACGGGUAUCGCAUGCCGGAUGUGGACGGGCAAGUGCCGCAGGAUGGGACGGCCAAGAAGGAAGAUGGGAAGGAGGAGACGAAAGGCUUGUUGCCGGGGGAGUUGGAGAGCGAUUUUGAUGUCGAGGACGUGUUAGAGAGGUGGAGGGGGUAUGCGCCGAGACACUUGGACUUGAGAAUCUCGGAAGACGCGGGGCAUUAUUUGUGUGAUUUCAUUUAUUUUUCCAGUCUGUCGCACCUGUACAAGGCUGGCGAGAAGAGGAGGGUGCUGUUUUUGCAUGUACCUUCGGACGCGUCCACGCACAGCGUGGCCCUGGGGAGGGAAUUGGUGCUGCAAUUGGUGCGGUCUGUGGUAGAGAGUGAGAUGAUUCGGCAGGGUAAG